CCACUAUCCUCUCCUUCUCGACGAUAAAAGGCAGUGUGAUGCACUCCUGGAAUGGUUCAAGGGCGUGGAAGAUUCCAGGACUAUGCCCUGGAGAAAGGCCUGGAUCGAUCGAUCGCUGCACUCUGAACCAUCGCACGAUAUCAAACAGACCUUAAACAGGAGAGCAUACGAGGUCUGGGUCAGUGAAGUCAUGCUACAGCAGACUCGCGUCUCUACAGUAAUUCCAUACUUCAACAAUUGGAUCUCGAAGUGGCCAACAGUACAAGAUCUUGCUAGCGCAGAUCACGACGAGGUUCUGGCCGCCUGGAAAGGACUGGGCUACUACUCACGAGCGACACGGCUACACGAAGGCGCAAAGGCUGUCGUAGCAAAACCAUCACAGUCGAUGCCAGACGAAAUCUCCGAGUUGCUACAGUUACCCGGCAUUGGCCAGUACACUGCUGGCGCUAUAUCUAGCAUAGCGUUUGGCAGGGCUGAGCCUGUGCUGGAUGGCAAUGUCGCAAGAGUGCUGAGUCGACAGCUAGGUCUUUACAUCGACGUAAAGGACAAGAAGUCAUCAGAUAUGCUCUGGAAGGUUGCUGAUCAAUUGAUCAAAGAAGUGUCCGAACAUCCGGAAGUGGAGUUCAGUGCUAUACCCGGGCAAUGGAAUCAAGCGUUGAUGGAACUUGGUUCGACAAUCUGCACACCGCGACCUAAAUGUGAAGAAUGCCCAAUUCAAAGGACAUGUCGAGCCUACAAUGAAGGGUUGGCGCUUUCUAAAGCUCAGCAAUCAGCGACCGCAAUCCCGGAUAUCGAAGACGCCUGUACCCUUUGUGAUCAGUUAGACACAGAGGACUUGGCAACAAUACCCGAAGAGGAGUUAUCUGACGACGGCCUCAAGCCUGCGAAGAAGAGGAAGGCCACCGCCAAGCAGACAAAUACUUUGUCGAGAUACUUCGCAAUUGCCACACCAAGUGCAAGUUCUAACGUCGACAGCGAAGAUGAAGAAGCAGUUGCUGCGUCGAAGAAGCGAAAAGCCCCUGCCUUUUUCAAAACGUCGAAGUCAGUGAAUACACCAGCGACAGGUCUUCUGGCGUCCCUCUGGCAAUUUCCACAAACAACCUUGUCAGCAUCCGACACUACCGCUACAGUUCGCAAAGCCUCGGCGCAAAAGUACGUCUCAAGCCUGACUGCCGGCAACAUCGAUCUGAGCAAAGCACGCUAUGUGACUAGCUUUGAACCAUUGGUUCAUGUCUUCACCCACCUGAGACUUACCAUGCACGCGUAUCAUUACCGGGUUACUGAUAACGCCGAAGCUGACAGCCUCAUAUGCAGUGGCGCGCCUGCUCGUAAGUGGGUUGAUACUAGCUCCAUGGACAAUGAAACACUGUCAACCGGCAUGCGCAAGUGCUGGGAACUUGUCGCAAAGAACGUUUGACAGGCUGUCGAUUCCGUUCGCGAGGUUCGAGGUU